AUGCAUUCACCAUCAGGAAUAAAUAUAUUACUUAUAAUAAUAAGUAUAUUUGUUGUAUUAAUUGGAAUUACUUAUCAACCAUUACCUGAUAAUUUUCCUCAACCAUGGAAAUAUCGUUUUCUUUCAUAUUGGGCACAACGAAUCGAACAAUUUGGAUAUUUAUGUGAACAAGCGAAUUUAUUUACUCGAAUUAAUCUAAUACGAAAACUUCAUUAUCUAUCAAUUGGUUUAUAUCAAAAACGAUAUCCGGAAUGUCAUUUAAAAGUUUAUGAUAAAGAAAUCUCUGGUAUUCAUACACGAAUAUAUGAACCAGAAGAAAUGAUUAGUUAUGAAAAAAAAACAACAAUAAUUUAUUUUCAUGGUGGUGGAUUUGCUGUUGGUUCAAUAGAAACAUAUGAUCAAGCAACUUAUCUAUUAGCUAAUUUAACACGUACUAUCGUUAUUGCAGUUGAAUUUCGUUUAACACCUGAACAUCGAUUUCCUAGUGGUUUAGAAGAUUGUUUAACAGUAAGCAGAGAAUUAUUUCAAAAUGAAGAUAAAUAUCAGAUAAAUUCGAAUCGUAUUAUUUUAUCCGGUGAUUCAGCUGGAGGUAAUCUAGCUUUAGUUGUUAGUCAAUUAUUAAUUCAAGAUGGAUAUAAACCAUAUUUAAUUUGUUUAUUAUAUCCUUCAUUACAAUUCUUAGAUUUUACAUUACCAUCAUAUCGUAUAUAUUUAAAAAAGAAUAUUCUUGGUGUUUUAAAUGAGAAUAAUAUUAUUUUAAUGAUAUCUUCAUUAAGUGAAAAUAAUCUUAUUAUACCAAAUGAUGUUUUAUUUAAUACACAUGUAUCAAGUGAUGAUAGGAAAAAACUUUAUUCUUAUAUGGAUCCAAAUAAAUAUUUAUCUAUAUCACAUGAAUUGAAUGAAAUUAAACAAGGAAAUGAAAGUUUAAUAAAAUCUUUAAAAUUUUUAAUAUCACCACUUAUGUCUCCAUUACUUGUACCCGAUGAAGAUUUACUUAAAUUACCACAAGUUCUUCUUUUUACAACUGAAUAUGAUAUUCUUCGAGAUGAAGGUUAUAUAUUUGCAUCUCGAUUACGUUCAUUAAAUAAAAGUAUUCAUCAUCAUCAUUUUUUGAAUGCAUUUCAUGGUGCUCAUGUUUUCUUAUAUGGUCCAUUACGAUUUGAAAUAGCUCAUGAAAUGGUUGAACAUACCGCUAAAAUUAUACGUGAUUAUCUUUGA